GGUCAAGAUGGAUAGCACAGAUGAACCUCAGAAAAAAGUCUUUAAAGCACGAAAAACAAUGAGAGUAAGUGAUCGACAACAACUUGAGGCUGUUUAUAAGGUUAAAGAAGAGCUUUUGAAGACAACUGAAAUAAAACUGUUAAAUGGAAAGCAUGAGAAUGGAGAUUCUGAUUUAAAUUCCCCUUUAAGCAAUGCAGACUGUGUGGAGGACAAAAGGGAAGUUAAUGGCCUAGUGGAUUUGUGUCUCAACUCUGAAGAAGGAAGAAGAGAUUCUGAGGAAAUUACUGAUGGCAAAAGUCCUGAAAGUAGGGCAGAGAACAUAGUCAAUGAUCUAGAAUCUAAACCUCACGCGUUAUCUCCAGAGAAUGUUUUUGCUGAGCAAGAUCAAGAUACAGAUGAUAUAGCUUUAGCCUGUGAGGCUGAAAACAGAGUGCUUGUUAGUAAUAAAAACAACUUCCAUGAAGAAAAUAAUACAAAAGAUCAUUUGGACCAAAGAAAGAGUGACAUCCCAUCAGAAGGGGAAAGUAAAUUAAGCUGUGAUAUUAGUGACUCUUCUGAAGAGAGAAGUGAAACAAAUGACUUAACUAUUAGUUCUGAUUUACCGGUUGAAGAAAAGAAGGCUGAAGAAGUUACCGUUGAAGAUGCUGUUGGAGAAGAGGCGAUCUCUAGCAGUAUGGAAGCCGACCAGGAACCAAAGGAUGAAGGGGAUGACAUUGCAGAUCUUUCAGAAACCACCGUUGAGAAGACAAUAGAUGAGCCAAGUGAGAGUAUCGUGGAGAAUACAGACUCCAUGGAAACAGAUGAAAUUAUUCCAAUUUUGGAAAAAUUAGCCCCUGCUGAAGAUGAACUAAGCUGUUUUUCUAAAAGUCCUCUGCUUCCAGUGGAUGACGCAGCCCCAGAUUUAGAAGAGAAAAUGGACAACUCUUUGGGUUCACCAUCCAAGCAGGAAAGCAAUGAAAGUCUGCCUAAAGAGGCUUUCUUAGUACUGUCUGAUGAAGAGGAUCCUUGUGAUGAGAAGGAAGAAGGUCCUGAAGUGAUACUAACAAACAAGUCAAGUCUUCCAGAAGAGGUGGAGGAGGAGAGAAAGCAGAACGAGAAGGAGGAUAAAGAAAGAGAAGAGACUCAAAAAGAAGAGGAGAAACACACAGAAAGAAGUGAAGUGUCAAGGAGAAAGCGUUCUAAAUCUGAAGAUAUGGACAGCAUACAUUCUAAACGCCGCCGGUACAUGGGAGAAGACUACGAAGCAGAACUCCAAGUAAAAAUUACAGCCAGAAGAGACGUUGACCAAAAAUUGCAAAAGGUUAUCCAGAGACUGUUAGAAGAAAAACUUGCUGCUUUGCAGUGUGCCGUGUUUGACAAGACUCUGUCAGACUUGAAAACACGAAUAGAGAAAAUAGAAUGUAACAAGAGGCAUAAAACUGUGCUUACUGAACUACAGGCUAAAAUCGCUAGAUUGACAAAGCGGUUUGGAGCAGCCAGGGAGGACUUGAAGAAAAGACAGGAAAAUUCACCAAACCCACCUUUGUCUCCAGGGAAAGCAGGGAGUGACACUGUGAACACAAACAAUGUGACAUAUCGAAAUGCUGGCACAGUGAGACAGAUGCUGGAGUCCAAGAGGAGUGUAGGAGAGAGCACACCAGCAGCUUUUCAAGCCCCUGUGAAUGCAGUGACAGCUGCCACUCUUGGUGCUCCUCAGACGGUUGUCAGUGGACAUCCUAAGCCUCAGACUCCAGUGACCUCCAGCUCUUUGACAACUACAGUUCUUCCUGCAGCUAACGCAGCUACAGUUGUUGGCACUAGCCAGGUGCCCAGUGGCAGCACUCAGCCAAUGUCUGUCUCGUUGCAGUCUUUGCCAGUAAUCUUGCAUGUACCUGUUGCAGUGUCAUCCCAGCCUCAGCUCCUGCAAGGCCACACAGGGACUUUGGUCACCAACCAGCAGUCAGGCAACGUUGAAUUUAUAUCUGUACAGAGCCCAUCCACUGUUGGUAGCCUUACCAAAACUCCUGUGUCUUUGGCAUCGACUAACCCAACUAAACCAAAUAGCAGCCCAUCUGUGCCCAGUCCUGGUAUUCAGAGGAACUCUCCAGCCAGUGCUGGGACAAUAGGGACAACAUUGGCAGUACAGGCUGUUUCAGCUGCGCAUCCUGUUGCCCAGGCCACAAGGACUUCUUUGCCCACAGUGGGUACUUCAGGACUUUAUAAUCCUACCAGCAGUCGAGCUCCCAUACAGAUGAAGAUUCCCCUCUCUGCAUUUAGUAGUACAGCUCCUAUUGAACCACCCACCAUUACAGCGCCCAGAGUUGAAAACCAGACAAGCAGGCCACCAACAGAUACUUCAGCGAACAAGCGAACUGCUGAGGGAACAACACAGAGCGGGAAGGUCGCGGGAAGUGAUUCAGGAGGUGUCAUCGAUCUUACACUGGAUGAUGAAGAUGAUGGCUCUUCUCAAGAUGCCAAGAAGCAGAGCCAGACAGCUGUGACAGGAUUGAGCUUGUCCACUCAGCCCUUGGCUCGCCCCUUGCAGCCUUUGCAGCCAAACCCUCUCCAGCAGACAGGUGUGCCAACAAGUGGACCUUCCCAGACCACCAUACAUGUAUUACCUACAGCUCCGACAACAGUGAAUGUAACACAUCGUCCAGUGACGCAAGCUACUGCAAGACUUCCUAUACCAAGAGCCCCUGCUAACCAUCAGGUGGUUUAUACUACUCUUCCUGCCCCACCGGCUCAGAAUCCAGUAAGAGGAGCUGUCAUACCAAACCCAGGUUUAAGGCCAGUCAACCCUCAGAGCGGAGGUAUGACAGUACGAAUGCCUCAAACAACUGCAUAUGUUGUGAACAAUGGACUAACUCUCGGAUCUGGAGCACCUCAGCUCACGGUGCAUCAUCGACCACCACAAGUGCAUGCUGAGCCACCACGCCCUGUACAUCCUGCCCCACUCCCGGAGGCACCACAGCCACCGCGCCUGCCCCCUGAAGCUGCCAACACUUCACUGCCUCAAAAGCCACAACUGAAGCUGGCCCGGGUACAGAGCCAGAAUGGUAUUGUGCUGUCAUGGAGUGUCAUGGAAGUGGACCGAAGUUGUGCCAGUGUGGACAGUUAUCAUCUCUACGCCUACCAUGAGGACCCGAGUGCUACUAUGCCCUCCCAAUGGAAGAAGAUAGGGGAAGUGAAGGCCCUCCCACUACCUAUGGCGUGCACUCUUACUCAGUUUGUGUCUGGCAGCAAAUACUACUUUGCGGUCCGGGCUAAGGACAUCUAUGGACGUUUUGGACCCUUUUGCGACCCCCAGUCCACAGAUGUGAUCUCUUCCCAGAGCAGUUAGAGAUCUUCGGAGCCUUUAAGCGUGUCCCACUACCAAGAAUCACCCCAGUUUGCGGGGUUUGAUCCGAUGCAUGAAAUUCACUGUUAAAUCCACUCUCUGCAGGAUUACUUUAAACAGCUGUGUGAUAUACACUACAUGCAUUGAGAACCAAAAGAAAAAUAAAGUCUCACCUGCAGCAAGAGAACCUGUUUUCCUGCAUAGCUCAAGUCAUGGGCUGUUUGAAAAUUUCAUAUUCCCUUCCAUGACAGCUGUUCCACCUAGAUACCUGCCUGCCCUUUAUCCUGGACGUCUGGGAUUCUGCUUCAGAGUGGGAACAAAAUAAAUUGCACAGUUUGUCUGAAGCAACACAUACACAUCUGUCAUAGCCACAAAGGCGCUAACAUGAGGGCACUAACCGAUUUGCCUCUCGCACCCCACUGCUCUGUGAGCAGGCUAUGAUGUGAAAGGCGCUUCAGGGUCUUACUUCUGUACUGGAAGAUUGAGUGGUCUGGUCUCAUUUUACAAACUAUCAACAGUUCUCUGAGGGGAGAGAAGGGAAUUUGAGUCUAGCCAAGGCAGGAAUCUCUGUGUAAAUUUGGAGGUGGUGAGGAGGAGAAAAAAAAAA